AUGGAAGUCGAAUUCAAAUGUCGUUUUGAAUAACAUGAAAAUGAACCCAUAAUUGGAUUUUGUCUAAAUAAGAAUUGUCCUAAACCAUCCUAAUUCUGUUACGAAUGUUUAAAAUAAGAAAUUCAUAAUGAUCAUUCAAAUGAUUGCAUGAGUUUUAAUUCAUUGGAAUAAUUGAUUAGCCAAUUAAUUCAAACUCAUAAUGAGCUCUUGACUAAGCUUUAAGGUAUUUACGAUUAAUUGAAAUAUUCAUUUGAAACUAAAUACAAGCAGUUGGAAUCAGAUAUUUUAAAAAUACAAGAAAUAGAUAAAUCUUUGAAAUGCCAAUUAUAUAACUCUAUUAAAUAAUAAAUACCAUUUGUUAAGGAUUUCUGUUUCAAAGAAAAAAAUGAAGGUAAAUAAGUGGUUCUAUAUUCAGGAUUAUUUCUAAUUAAACUGAAAAAGACAGCAGAGACUCUUAAAGAAAAAGAAAAUCAUUUAAAAGACUCAUCAUACUUAGCUUAACUAUAUUAAAUUUUAGGAGACUAACUAUUUGAUCAAGACAUGUACAAAGAAGCAAUAAUUUUGUUUGAUGAUUCUUUAAAUUAUGAUUGCAAUUAGUCUCAAGUGUAUAACUUAAAGGGUAAAUUCGUUAACUUUCUAGUAGGAAUGGCUUUAAGGAACCUUAAUCAUUAUUAAGAGGCUUUAGAAUGUUUUGAUCAAGCAAUUAAAAUUAACUCUAGUUAUAGCGAUGCUUUAAACAAUAAGGGUAAUGCAUUAUUUAAUAUGUGUCAUUAUUAAGCUGCUCUUCAAUGUUAUGACUAAGCAAUUAGGAUUAAUUCAAAUGAUAGCGAUGCAUGUUAUAAUAAGGGCAAUACAUUAUUCAUCCUAAAUCGUUAUUAGGAUGCUAUUGAAAGUUAUGAUCAAGCAAUUAAAAUAAACCCAAAUUAUAUUGAAGCAAUAUAUAAUAAAGGUAUUGCAUUAUUUAACUUGAAUCGAUUUUAAGAUGCUAUAGAAUGCUAUGAUCAUGUUAUUGCAAUAGAUUCAAAUUAUAAUGAUGCAUAUUAUAAUAAGGGGAUUGCCUUAUUUAAUUUAAAUCGUUAUUAAGAAGCUUUAGACUGUUAUGAUCAAGCUACUAGGAUCAAUCCGAAUUAAAGUGACGCCUUUUACAAUAAGGGAAAUGCCUUAUAUAUUUUGAAACGAUAUGAAGAAGCUUUGGAAUGUUAUAAUCAAUCGAAUAAAAUAGAUAUAAAUGAUAGCGACUCAUUCUAUAAUAAAGGUAAGUUGGCCCUUUAUUAAUAGGAAACACACUAUUUAAAUUGA